UGAACACAGUGGGAAAGAGAAAUGUUCCUUUGAAAUCAGAGACGACUCAGAGUGACCCGAGCUCAGGCAUGAGGCUGCAGGCUGGCAGACGGCAGCAAGGAAAUUUUUGUUUUGUUUUGUUUUUAGGAGGCACUUUAGGGCAACCUGUGAGCCUUCCACGUCCACAUCUUUCACCAUUGUAACUGGUAUUUGGGAACAACUAGCUCUGGGUUUGGAAAAUACUGGGACGGGUCCAAGCUGAGGCACUUCCCAAGUCCUUCCUGCUGCACUCAGUACCUGGGUUAAACAAAGAAAAUUGUGUUUGCCAAGCUGGCUAGCUGAAGUGACUCGAUUCUGAGUAACAUGCAGCACUCUGGAAUUCCUACACAAACUCACCAGAAGGGGUAUGGUUCCCACCAUGCAGAAACGGCUGUGCAUCGGACUUUUCAGAUAAAAACCUUUAGUACAGAGUUGAAAAACCAUGUGAUGGUCAUGGAUUUUGUGAAGAGUAACUGGUUUCCCUCCCAGAGAAGAGCUAAAGUCUGUAUCAUCCGUCUGUGCCAAGGCUUGAAGACAGCUGAGCAGACCUCCAGCAGAUACGAGAUCCACAGCCGACUCUUCUCAUCCCCCAAAAAUCAUUCUGCCUGGGAAGGAAAUGAAAGUCUUUUGAACACAGGAUUACGGGACAACCAUUACGGUACAAGUAAUCAAAUUGCCUUUACAAAUCUCCCAUCUGAUGUCACAGAGAAGAAAUCUGACUUCACAGAGGAGACUCUGGCAUCGCCAAACACUAAGAUGACCUCAUCCCUUCUCAUUUCCCAGCUAAUCGAUGAGAGUAAAUCAAGAGACAAUGGGGCCAUGUUGCCCCUGCCAUGCAUGGCCAUGCGGCCUCCUACACGUCACCUGAAGCCAUCUCUGGCGAACCGCAGCGGCGUCAACAUCCACAGGGUGUUUGCAUUACUUCCGGGCAGAUUAGGAAUCCCGACACCAUCAGAAGAGCGAGGACCUGAGAGAGAACUGCCACCCAAAGAGGAGAACCCCUGCAGUGGUCCCCAGAAAGGGUUUGCAUCCAUCACCAUCACAGCCAGGCGUGUGGGGCCCCCGGCCAGCGCCCUGGUGUGGGGGACAGUUGGGGGUCCACUGUGUCCCAAGUGCAGAGCCCAGGACACCUUGCUCCAGGAACCCCCAGCUGUGGCUGAACAUGCCUAUUCACAGCAGCACACACAAUUCUCCAGAAAUGGCUCUGUGAUGAGGCUGAAGGUUCCUGAGGCCCAUGCACAGCUGUGUGAGGGACACGAGUACUGGGUCACCCAUGUGGACGACAAAGAGACCAGCUUUUCUCCAGACGUCCCACCGUCGGAAAAGGGCCCGCUAGUGUUCAGUUCCUGUGUCCACCUCAGGGUGUCUCGGCAGUGUCCGAAUUCAGCCUACUACUUAGACAAGCCUCUCUCUGUCCCUGUGGAGCAGCCUCCGGUUGCUGGUCCCCAAGUGCACAGAUCUGUCCUGUCGCUCACCCUCAAUUGUAGUUCCCACCGGUUAACAGCAGGUGGGGUAGACGGCCUGGUGAAUGGAGAACCAAUGGGCAGGGCCCUGAAGCAGGAGCUCACGGAGGGGAGCCAGGGCCUCCUCGGCAGGCGCUGGAACCCAGGUGUACUGGAAAGCCACUUGGCAACAGGAAACCCAUCAGUGGGGCAGGUGCAUCUGGGCACUACCACGUGCCCUUGGAGUGGCUCCCCUGUGCUGGAAAACACAGUGUUUGCAGAUGUGGGAACUAACCAGGUCACUGUGAGCAAACGGGCAGAGAACCAAGUGAAGCACCGUCACCCCAGUGGUUGUGCCAACCAGCUCUCCAUUCACAUUCCUGGCUGGAGUUACGCAGCAGUAGACACAAACAUAUUCCCUGGAAGCAACGAGAAGCAAGGAAGAGAGCACGUGGCUUUCUCUGCCCCCCCAGUGGAACGGACGCCCACUAAACACUUCCUUUCUGAUGGGGACAGUUCUGCAGGCGAUGACUGUCAGUCUAGUGACCUUUCUGAGCCCACAGAGAGACGACAUCAAAGCUCCCUGGAACCCAGAAUCCCUUUUCCUGGGUUUCUUUGCCCCUUACAAGAUUUAUGCACAUCUGUACAGGAAGACACUGGUGCUCAGAUAGAACGAGAGCUCCCCACAGGAGACCGCACAUGCUGUGACUUGGUCGUUAAAAUAAAGGAGUGUCAGAAACAUGAGGACCCCACCAUGCCCGAGCCCUCGCCAGUGCCUCCUACACAGCCAGAGCGCCCUGACCCGUCUGAAGACUGUUCCAAGCCUCAGCAAACACCUGCGAACUCCUUGACCUUGCAAGAAGCGCUGGAAGUCCACAAACCUCAGUUCAUUUCUCGCUCCCAAGAACGGCUGAGGAAGCUGGAGCACAUGGUGCAGCAGAGGAGGGCGCAGCCGAAGGAGGACCCUGGGCAGAAACAGAGCCUCCUUCCCGUCCGUGCCAGUAAGAAGCAGUUCACCAUCCCCCACCCUCUCAGUGAUAACUUGUUCAAACCAAAAGAAAGGUGCAUUUCAGAGAAGGAGAUGCACCUGCGCUCUAAAAGAAUCUAUAAUAACUUGCCGGAAGUUAAAAAGAAAAAAGAAGAACAAAGGAAACGGGUGAUCUUACAGAGUAACAGACUCCGUGCUGAAGUCUUCAAAAAGGUAAUGGCUUUGCCGCCAGCAGGUGUGAUGUGUGUGGUGCACAGAUGCCAAAUCUGAACUUGACGUCUUUGUUCCCCUGUUUCUCUAGCAAUUACUCGACCGACUCCUUCAAAGGAAUGCAGUCUGACCGCAGGCUGCCCCGCUGACCGCACUUUCUGGACCUCGGACGACUUCAAACGCUGGAUAAGCCAUUAAACUUAGCAUUAUCUUCACGAUGUGAAAGCACUUAUUUUACUUUUUUUUUUCAUAAAGGAAAACAUCACUUCCUGAAUUACUGACCCAAACCAAACAAACAAUAACCCUCAAGGAAAUAGGUCAACAGGGAAACCGACUUAAUGUAACCCACUAGAUACAGUCUCCUCCAUUUUUUUUACUUCUGAGUUUUAUUUUCUGCUUCUGACUUAUACCCCUCUGCUAUUUUCAGCCAAGUAGAAAGGCCUUAAACACUUGUGUGCUUAGAUCCCUGGAUGUCUAUAUUUUCAUCAGAUUUCUGGGACCUAAAUCCAUCUCUUUUUAAAUAUCAAUCUUAAUGCCUGCCAGUUCUGCAAACUCCAAAAUGUGGAUCAUCACAUACUACAUUUUAGAACUUUGUGGGUAAUGUGCACUUCCUAAUUUGAGAGACUGCCUGGAAAUCAGCGGGUGCUAUACCAGAGUCUGUGGAGCAAGCAGCCUGUCUCUUUGUGACCUAGAGCAGUCCAAGUGGCCCUUAGCCACCCCUACCAUCUUUCCUCACUUAGCAAAAGAAUCCAUUUCUAUGCAGACUCUGGGGACAGAAUUGGCUGAAUAAACGUGCAGGUAACUUCAGGGUUUUCUGCAACACCCCCCCCCCCGCCCCCGAAAAGGUUGUGUUGUUAAAAAUUGGCCUAAUGCCUCCAACUCUGCUAUUUAUUCUUUCAAACAUCUAUAAUGUCUGUUAUUCAUAAAUGUGUGUUCUGAGAGUCAAGAACAAACCAGUUUUUGCAACACUAAUGGAAAUAAAUGCAA